CGUGAAGCAGAUAAAAUGUCAAAAAAGGUAGAAAACAAGAUGAGUCACUCGUGUUCAGUAAGUGUCCCAUUUCUUUAUGAGAACCGAGGACUGGUGCUGGAUAUGAUUCUCCGCUCUUUGUUAGGAGUAGCCCAGCCUAAGACUAUCAACUGGGAAAGUGUAGCUAGACUCAUACCGGGAGUCACAGCCAAGCAGUGUGCCAAGAGAUUUGAAGAAAUGAGAAACAAUGGAACCAUGCCCCAUAUUUGUGAUGAAAACAAGUGUGAAGGCAGCCCAUCUAAAACACUAGCAACAUAUAUUAAAUCAACGUUACUGGACCAUGACGAUGAUGAAAAAUCUAGAUUAUCUGUGGUGCAGAAUUGCAUUUCCACCUCAGGACGACCUGCAGUAUCUUCAGGAAGAAAUUGUGCUCUAAACGAAAAUGGUUCAACUGAUAAAGAUGAAGACAAACUAGAUGAAAGCCAAGGGCCCAACAUGGUAAUCCAUGUUUGUGAUGAAUCCAAAAACCUGAAGCGUGAUUUUGUUUGUCCUCGGAAUCUACUAGUCAGUGAGAUGAAGUACUUUGCUGAGUAUCUGUCUGUUGAUGCACAACGCUGGCAGGAAGUAGACAUAUCGGUGCACUGUGAUGUCCAUAUCUUUGCCUGGUUGAUGAGCUAUGUGAAGAGGAAACUAAAACAUCAAGGACAAACUGAACAACCAGAACUAGAGCCCAGUAAUGUUAUUUCAAUCCUCAUUUCAUCUGAAUUUUUGAAAAUGGAAUCCUUGGUUGAAGAAUGCAUGCAAUACUGUCAUAAAAAUAUGAGUGCCAUUGUAGCUACUCCUUGCAAUAUGAACUGUAUCAAUGGGACCCUGGCCUCACGAAUUGUUGAUCUUUUCUCCCACAAUGAAGCUGAUGAAGUAAAAGACAGAAAAGAUAAAUUUAAAAGUAAAAUAUUUUGCAAGAAGAUUGAGAGGUUGUUUGAUCCAGACUACAAGGAUCCAGACUCUCCAGCAAGUGCUGAUACGUUAUACAGAUGUAGCAUGUGUAAGAAACUUCUUACGAAGGAAACUGAGAAAAUGAUUCCCUGUGUUCCUGUAAAAAUAAAUAUCAAUCUACGAGGAAACAUAAUAUACUUGCACAUUAGAGAUAAAGGUUGGGAUGUGCAUGACUAUCUGAGCAGUCUUUAUGAAGACCUGAAGUCUUGGCAAGAUGUGUACUGGCGUUUAUGGGGAACGAUAAAUUGGUUGCCUUGCACAAGAUGCAAAAAAGUUUUUCAAUGCACUGAGCUCUCCCACUGCCAGUACCACCCAGAACAAGUGGUGUAUCCUUCAAUAAACAACCAGUUGACCACUCCAGGAAUUGGAUACUAUCCUUGUUGUAAGCAGAAAGUCCUACGGUUUGAUCCUCUUCAAACGAAUACUGGUUGUAAAGUGCGGGAUCAUGUUGUCAAAUUACCCAGUCAGCUACAAAAUGGUAAAAUUACUUCAGUAUCAGUCAACCAAGUGUACUGUGAUGUUCUCCAGCACAAGGAUGUUGUCUGUGUGCCAUUCAGUAAAACAGAGGAGAGUAAUGCAAACACGCAUCUUUCUGGUGAGCAGGACCUUGAUUUUGAUAUCUUAGCAGAGCCAAGUUCAUCGAAAGGACAGAAAGUCGGUGAUGUCACAACUUUUUCACUUCUGAAAAAUUGGAGCUUGCAGCUGAAACAACAAAUAAUGUAUUCUGAAGAUGAAGAAUAUACCACUGGUUCAGAGGUAACUGAGGAUGAAGUGGGAGAUGAAGAAGAACUGACAAAGAAAAGAGGUACAAAAAAGAUUAAGAAAAUUGCUAAUCAGACAAAGAAGUCAGCAGCAUCUCCUACUACACAGAAAAAAGAGAAAGGAUCCCUCCGAGAUGUGUCACCUUUCACUUGGCUAGAACUACACUGACCUGGAUGGCAACCUUGGACCAAGCUGGCAUAUUCAAGCUGCCUCUGUUGUAGCCUCUUCUGGUCCUAGAAGAAGAGAACAUCUUCCCGCUGCAUCAUCCCACAAGCCAAUUUUCCCAUCUCUGUUCACGUGGAGAACAAUUGCUCAAAGCCAUGCAGACAAUGUUUGUCUGGAUGCAUAACUGCCUUUUCUUUGGUGUUUUGGUGUCCAGGAUGCCAGUUAAUUCUGGAAUAUCCCAAGCACUGGUACAUUGUUCCAAGUGUGGUGGGUGGUAGAAUCAGGCUAGGAAGAAAAUGAGAGGGAUGCCGUUGGGACAGGGAAGACCAUUAAUGAGGCAUGUUUGGUAAGAUGUGAUGAGAAAACUUGCUAGAUCUUGUGGAGAUAAACUCUCCAUGAAACUGGACAAAAUUGAUACAGCCAAAAAACAUAUAUUCAGCCCAUAGUUUCUGCAGUUAUUUCUGUUGCUUGAACAUGACAUUGGUGGCUCUGCACGAUCCGAACCAAAUUGAGAAGGUUCUGCAGAUUUGUGCCAUUUUAGUUGAAGACCAUGUGAAGUCCGUGUUGUUUGCCGGCUGUGAUCAGAUGAAGAUCAAAUUAGCUUGUAGCAGCAGAGGAACUGACAUUUUGUCAGAAAGGUAGAGUUACAAAGGAUUUUGUGACUGAGUUUGGUUACUUUAUACACUGUGUCGAUUGUUAUAACCAGAUUAUAAAAUUCAUCUUAAUUCUAUCUACCCUUUGAUUAUAAACUAUAAAUUACACAUUAACGAAAAUAUGUCUGUUAGUUUAUGUUCAACUUAGGUGAUUCUGAUUAGUGUGUAGUUGAUCACCCAAGAUAGUAUUUAGUGUUUGUUUUGUUCAACAAUUUUAUUGUACAAGUUAUUGUUUUGAACUGUGGAAUUUUGUAGCUUCAUUCUUAGAAGAAAUCUGAGUUCAGAUUUAUUUCUUCAAUAAUAAAGGUAGUUAUCAUAACCAAAUGUGGAUCUCUUCAAGUUUUAGAACAUUUAAUUUAAAUCUGAAAGGAAUUGCAGCUCAUUCAAGACUGGAUGUCUAACGUGCAGUCUGAUAUCAAAGAGCAAUGGUCGAGUUGAGAUAGGUGAUGGGGAGGUGGAAUGCAGAGAAAUAAAAUAGAUGGUUGAAAGAAAGAACAACACAGAUCAUUGUGGAGGUGACAACAUUGUUACAGACUUUGGAGAACAAAAGGGAAGAAGUAGGACAUUUUCCAGGCAAAAGUAAAGGCAGUCAAAUGUGUAACCACUACACUAGUUAUCUUUAAAGCUGCUGUCUUUCAAAUCAACCUUUACAGCAGUGAUGUGCUUAAAUUUCAUACUAAAGAUAACAGUUUGGCCAUGAUGCAAACAGGGACAAUGGUUGGCAAGCCCAAGCUGAUCUUGGCCCAGCACCAACCUGUUAUCUGUGUUGUGGAUGAGAGUGCCCAGCAUGGGGGAGAUUGAGCCCUCUUGGGAAAACCCAGCAUAGAGCGACUGCAGGUCCAUGGCAUAGGAAAGGACUAUAAUGUUUAAGUUUUAACUUUAUUUCCUUAUUUUCCUAAUUUAUGCAAAGAAGAACAGUGGUGAUGAACUUUUUAACUUAUUUCAUUAUUUUUCUAUUUUUGUAUUAAGAUUUUGUACCUAGGUAUCUUUGUACUGUAGUUUGCACCAGGAAUGGCAACAUUAUGCACUUUUCACUGUACUCCUGUAUCCCUGUACUCGAGAAUACAGGUGACAAUAAAAUCUAAGUCUAAUUAUUAGUUCCAUUAGAAAUUAUAGUUAACAUAAUCGAUCUUUCAGAAGUGUGUCAGGAAGACUUAUGCUGUGUGAAAGAAUUGAAGGAAGUAAUUGAAGGUGCAAAUAAAAGGUGGUUUAAUCCAUUUUAUUCUUGUUUUUAAAAUAGAUUUACUACUUACAGCACAGUCUAGCCCAAAUGAA